UAACCCGAGGCUGGCAGGGACUGUGGCCGCAGGGGUGGGGGAAGGAAGGCUAGUGCCAGUGGAGAGGUCCCGAAAAAUCCAAGAAAAGCGGGGGGUGAGUACCUGGAGAUGGAGAGAAGAGUAAGUAAAAGAAUCUAACAUUUUCUGAAGGCAAAUUAUGCCUCAGGCACCUGUGCUAGGCACCCUCAUAACCCUGUGAAUUCGACAUUUUUACCUUACUCCACUUUGCAGAUGAAAAACCUGAGGCUCAAAGAGGGUAUCUGGAGCCAUCUGGGACCAGGGACCUUCCAGACAGAUGGGGCUGGUGAUGUGAGGCUGGGGUUGGGGGAUGGGACUGGGCUGAGGGGAAUGGUGAGCUGAACCUAGAGGUCCGAGGUUGCAACAGAGACCAGAAAACCUGAGCCGUAACCCUUGAGACUCCCCCACUCCCCCAGUCAUGAGUAGUUCAGUGUACCUGUACUGGAGGUUAGAGGUGGGGUGGGGAGGGGAGAAAGGAAAAGACCUUUGAAACCCUCUCCACAUCAUGCCGCGGAGUCCAGGGACCAGCUCCGAGGCAAAGCCUGCAUGUGGGUGUUCUUUCCAGGAGAGGGCGCUGCAAACAGAACGGAAGCUCCAAGAUUUAUUAAUAAUAGAAACCUUGGCCUAAGGAGAGCACAGAGGCUUCACAUCCAUUAUCUUCCUUAUUUCAAACAACUGUGCCACUUGGGCCGGUCAGGAUUUCUAAUCUCCACGUUAUAUAUCAGGCAACUGAGAUCCAGAAAAGUCAAGGUCGUCCAGGAAGCUGGAUGCAGAGGCAGGAGGGGUGCAGUGGAAGCCAAGGCCUGUUGGAGGGUCUCCUGGGGCCCCUACUCGGGGGAGGAUGAGGAGGCAUACUCCGUCGAGCCGUUGCCAGAGCUCUGCUACAAGGCGGAUGUCCAGGCCUUCAGUAGGGCCUUCCAACCCAGUGUCUCCCUGGUGGUGGCUGCACUGGGUCUGGCUGGCAAUGGCCUGGUCCUGGCCACCCACCUGGCAGCCCGACGUGCUGUCCGUUCGCCCACUUCUGCCCACCUGCUCCAGCUGGCCCUGGCCGACCUUCUGCUGGCCCUAACCCUGCCCUUUGCCGCAGCCGGGGCUCUGCAGGGCUGGAGUCUGGGAAGUGCCACCUGCCGCGCCAUCUCGGGCCUCUACUCCGCCUCCUUCCACGCCGGCUUCCUCUUCCUGGCCUGUAUCAGCGCCGAUCGCUACGUGGCCAUCGCGCGGGCCCUUCCCGCUGGACCGAGGCCCUCUGCUCGGGGCCGCGCACACGUGGUCUCAGCCAUCGUGUGGCUGCUGUCGCUGCUUCUGGCGCUGCCUGCUCUCCUUUUCAGCCAGGACAGGCAGCGGGAAGGCCAGCGGCGCUGCCGUCUCGUCUUCCCCGAGGGCCUCACGCAGACGGUGAAGGGGGCAAGCGCCAUGGCGCAGGUGGUCCUGGGCUUCGCGCUGCCGCUCGGCGUCAUGGCCGCCUGUUACGCGCUCCUGGGCCGCACGCUGCUGGCCGCCAGGGGGCCCGAGCGCCGGCGUGCGCUGCGCGUCGUUGUGGCCCUGGUGGCGGCCUUCGUGGUGCUGCAGCUGCCCUACAGUCUCGCCCUGCUGCUGGAUACGGCCGACCUACUGGCUGCCCGCGAGCGGAGCUGCCCUGCCAGCAAGCGCAAGGAUCUGGCGCUGCUGGUGACCGGAGGGUUGGCCCUGGCCCGCUGCGGCCUCAACCCCGUGCUCUACGCCUUCUUGGGCCUGCGCUUCCGCCAGGACCUGCGGAGGCUGCUGCGGGGUGGAAGCUGCAGCCCAGGGCCUCACCCCCGCGGCCGCUGCCCCCGCCCGCCCCGCCUCUCUUCCUGUUCGGCUCCCACUGAGACCCACAGUGUCUCCUCCUGGGACUACUAG